UUCUCUCCUGAUUAUGGUCUAUGAGAGAGGUGAGAAACUCACAAUCAGUUACCGCGCGAGUACGCGACUUUAUUGACACUUCUAAAAAACUACACGCGCCGCCGCUUUCUCUUUGGAGAACUGCGCGCUGAUGUUAAAGGUUUCGCCUUUCCUUACUUCCCGUCGUAUUCCAACCGCGUUUCUCUACCUACACCCCUCCACGCGCGGCCUCUUCCUCCGCCAUUACUCGCCUCCGCUCCCGCCCUUUUCACCCUCAGCCGGAAACUACUGCUUCACUCACAGCGCUCAUAGGAUGGAAUCUGAGAGUUUUGCAUUUGGUCCGUACAAAAUCGACCCCAAAGAAGUAUUCUACUCCACUCAAUCCUCGUACGCUAUGGUCAAUUUGCGGCCUCUUCUUCCCGGUCACGUGCUUGUCUGCCCAAGACGUGAUGUUAAGCGCUUCAUUGAUCUCACUGCUGAUGAGACUAGUGAUCUAUGGCUUACGGCACAGAAGAUUGGGCGCCAGCUUGAGUCCUACCAUAAGGCAUCUUCACUGACGCUUACAAUCCAAGAUGGGCCUCAGGCUGGACAGACUGUUCCUCAUGUCCACAUCCACAUACUCCCACGCAAAGUUGGUGAUUUUGAGAACAACGAUGAGAUCUACGAUGCUAUUGACGUGAAGGAGAAGGAACUGAAGGAGAAGCUUGAUCUCGACAAGGAAAGGAAGGACAGAAGCAUGGAAGAGAUGGUCGAAGAGGCAGCUCAAUAUAGAAAACUAUUCAUAUAGGAACCACUUGCUAUCCUCUAACAAUGAAGAGUCAUCUUUAUGUUCCUUAUUACUUUCAGUCUUCAGGUGAAGAAACCAUCAAAACGCGCCAUAUUGUUCUGUAACCGGUUUGGCUAGCCUAACCUCGUGUCGAACCUUUAUUGAUUGCAGUAAUUUGGAAAGGAGGGAUCAAUAUCGGAUAAUCGUGUGUUCUUGCCUUGUUAAGUGACUAAAUCAUUAUUUGCUAUGCUAUAUUGUUCUCGUUUCAUUUA